AUGAAGAAGCUGGCGAGGAAUUGGAGAAAAUCUAGUGACGAUGAUAAAUUUACGCUUCCAACUCGAGAAGACUAUGAUUCUCAUCCUAUGGACACCGGAGAGCAGGAGGAGUUGGUUCUAUCACUGGAAAGAGCAGAAGCAGAGCAGUCUGUUUUGUGGAGGAGAGUAAUUGGUGGACUUGUGUUUUGCUACGCUGCGUUUCUUUUAUACUCUAUAUACCAGCAGGCAAUAUCCCCGUGGGAUCUGGCAAUGGAUCUGGUAUUCAUGCUUGGCGGGGCUUCUACUGGCAGUUUUCUGGUUAUAUUACAUGCUGAGGUACGUGGGGCUCUGUACAUAUCUAUUAUGGUGAAAAUGCCAAGAUUCCGGUGGGAUGUCAUCUGGCUUCCAUUUGGGCCUCUUAGUGGAGCUGGCGUUUGUCUCUAUGUCGACCAUCUACUGACUGAGUCAUCUGAAGAAGUUAGAAAACUGAGAACGUACAUGGUAGAGACGGGUGAGGUCUGUGGGAUAAGAGAAGUGUACCCUAUAUCAUAUACUAAAGCAGAGCAGAUGAAUCUCCUGCUGUUUAAGAAUGGAACAUCUGAUGCGGUGUUGAAGGCAUUAUAA